UGCAAGACCAAAAUUUUCAGAUACAUAGAAGAUGGACAAGGAUGAAAAUGUGAAGACAGAAAAGAUGCUAAAUCUCAUCAUGGAGAUCAUCUACCUGCUAACUGGGGAGGAUUACACAGUAGUAAAGAAGACAUCUGGUGAGUUUGAAGCACCCAGCAGCCGCCCCCAUGUGUCAGGAGGACUGAACAGGACACAGAGCCCCUUAAUGGUGCCUCCACCUCACUCAGUGAUACAUGAGAGAGACAAUGACCAGAAGAUCCUGGAACUCACCAACAAGAUCAUUCAGCUGCUGACUGGAAAGGAGGGGGAGUAUAUAGAGGAACACAGGGGUCUGUACAAGGAUGUGAUGAUGGAGAAUCACCGGCCCCUCACAUCACUGGAUGGGCCCAGUAACAGAGAUACCCCAGAGAGAUGUCCCCGUCCUCUGUAUUCCCAGGACUGUACAGAGGAGAAUCACAGGAUCCCACAGGAGGAUCAGAUUGAAGAACUAACUGAUAUAAAGGUAAAAGAUACAGAGGGAGAAGAAGAGACGUAUGUGACUGAUAUGAAGGCAGAAGAUAUAGAGGGAGAAGAAGAGACGUAUGUGACUGAUAUGAAGGCAGAAGAUAUAGAGGGAGAAGAAGAGACGUAUAUGACUGAUAUAAAGGCAGAAGAUAUAGAGGGAGAAGAAGAGACGUAUGUGACUGAUAUAAAGGCAGAAGAUAUAGAGGGAGAAGAAGAGACGUAUAUGACUGAUAUAAAGGCAGAAGAUACAGAGGGAGAAGAAGAGACGUAUGUGACUGAUAUGAAGGUAGAAGAUACAAGAGAAAAAGAAGAGACGUAUGUGACUGAUAUAAAGGCAGAAGAUAUAGAGGAAGAAGAAGAGAUGUAUGUGACUGAUAUAAAGGCAGAAGAUAUAGAGGGAGAAGAAGAGACGUAUGUGACUGAUAUAAAGGCAGAAGAUAUAGAGGGAGAAGAAGAGACGGAUGUGACUGAUAUAAAGGCAGAAGAUAUAUAUGGAGAAGAAGAGACGUAUAUGACUGAUAUAAAGGCAGAAGAUAUAGAGGGAGAAGAAGAGACGUAUGUGAGGGGUGAUCAGCAGUGUAAGGAGGAGGAAAUCCCUAUACAUAUCAGCACAGAUGGAUGCAAUACAAGGAAUUUCUCUGAGGGACAUCUCGUAUGGUCUCAAGAUUAUAAAUUAGAAGAUAAGAACACUACACAAGUGUCUCCAGAAGAAAACUGCAUUAUCCAGAGUAUGCAUACAGCACUUCACAGUGCAAAUAUAUCAUCUGAUCUCUGUGUUCUUGAGGAAUGGCUUCCUGGUAACUCACAUAUUGCUGCACAAAGUUCAGAUUACAGUGGUGAUACAGUCAUUUUCUCUUCUGAACAUGGGAAAUGUUUUACACAUAAAUCAGCUCUUGUUACACGUGAGAGAAGUGGCAUUGGAGAGAGGCCAUUUCCAUGUUCUGAGUGUGAGAAAUGUUUUAAAGAGAAAUCAUCUCUUGUUAGACAUCAGAGAAGUCACACAGGAGAGAAACCAUUUCCAUGUUCUGAGUGUGGGAAAUGUUUUAUAGAGAAGUCAGAUCUUGUUAGACAUCAGAGAACUCACACAGGUGAGAAACCAUUUCCAUGUUCUGAGUGUGGGAAAUCUUUUACACAGAAAUCAAAUCUUGUUAUACAUCAGAGAACUCAUACAGGUGAGAAAGGUGACAAAGCAAUACCAUGUUCUGAGUGUGGCACAUGUUUUACAGAGAAAUCAUCUCUUGUUAAACACAUGAGAAGUCACACAGGUGAGAAAUCAUUUCUAUGUUCUCAGUGUGGGAAAUGUUUUACACAGAAAUCACAUCUUGUUACACAUCAGAGAACUCAUACAGAUGAGAAAGGUGACAAAGCAAUACCAUGUUCUGAGUGUGGGAAAUGUUUUACAGAGAAAUCGUCUCUUGUUAGACAUCAGAGAAAACACACAGGAGAGAAACCAUUUCCAUGCUCUGAGUGUGGGAAAUGUUUUAUAGAGAAAUCAGAUCUUGUUAGACAUCAGAAAACUCACACAGGUGAGAAACCAUUUGCAUGCUCUGAGUGUGGGAAAUGUUUUAUACAGAAAUCAAAUCUUGUUAUACAUCAGAGGCGUCACACAGGUGAGAGGACAUUUUCAUGCUCUAAAUGUGAGAAAUGUUUUACACGUAAAUCAAAUCUUAUUAUACAUGAGAGAAGACAUACAGGUGAGAAACCAUUUAGAUGCUCUGAGUGUGGGAAAUGUUUUACAGAGAAAUCAUCUCUUGUUAGACAUCAGAGAAAACACACAGGAGAGAAACGAUUUCCAUGUUCUGAGUGUGGGAAAUGUUUUAUAGCUAAAUCAGAUCUUGUUAGACAUCAGAGAAUGCACACAGGUGAGAGGCCAUUUCCAUGCUCUGAGUUUGGGAAUUGUUUUACACGUAAAUCAGAUCUUAUUAUACAUGAGAGAAGUCACGCAGGUGAGAAACCAUUUAGAUGCUCUGAGUGUGGGAAAUGUUUUAGAAACAAAUCAGAUCUUAUGAAACAUAACAAAUGUCACACAGGUGAAAGGCCAUUUCCAUGUUCUGAGUGUGGGAAAUGUUUUAGAGACGAAUCAGACCUUAUGAAACAUAACAAAUGUCACACAGGUGAAAGGCCAUUUUCAUGUUCUGAGUGUGGGAAAUGUUUUCUUGAAAAAUCAGAUCUUUUUAGACAUCAGAAAACUCACAGAGGUGAGAAACCAUUUCCAUGUUCUGAGUGUGGGAAAUGUUUUAUACAGAAAUCAAAUCUUGUUGCACAUCAGAGAAGUCACACAGGUGAGAAGCCAUUUUCAUGUUCUAAGUGUGAGAAUUGUUUUUCACGUAAAUCAAAUCUUAUUGUACAUGAGAGAAUUCACACAGGUGAGAAACCAUUUAGAUGCUCUGAGUGUGGGAAAUGUUUUACUCUUAAAUCAAAUCUUGUUACACAUGAGAAAAGUCACACAGGUGAGAAACCAUUUAGAUGCUCUGAGUGUGGGAAAUGUUUUGCAGAGAAAUCAUCUCUUGAAAGACAUCAGAGAAAACACACAGGAGAGAAACCAUUUUCAUGUUCUGAGUGUGGGAAAUGUUUUAUAGAGAAAUCAAAUCUUGUUAGACAUCAGAGAACUCACACAGGUGAGAAUCCAUUUCCAUGUUCUGAGUGUGGGAAAUCUUUUACACAGAAAUCAUCUCUUGUUAUGCAUCAGAGAACUCACACAGGUGAGAGGCCAUUUCCAUGUUCUAAGUGUGGGAAUUGUUUUACACGUAAAUCAGAUCUUACCACACAUGAGAGAUGUCACAUGGGUGAGAAACCAUUUUCAUGUUCUGAGUGUGGGAAAUGUUUUUCAGAAAAAUCGUGUCUUGUUAGACAUCAGAGAAAACACACAGGAGAGAAACGAUUUCCAUGUUCUGAGUGUGGGAAAUGUUUUAUAGAUAAAUCAGAUCUUGCAAGACAUCAGAGAACUCACACAGGUGAGAGGCCAUUUCCAUGCUCUGAGUGUGGGAAAUGUUUUACUCUUAAAUCACAUCUUGUUACACACGAGAGAAGUCACACAGGUGAGAGGCCAUUUAGAUGCUCUGAGUGUGGGAAAUGUUUUAAAGCUCGAUCUUCUCUCUUUAAGCACAAAAACAAUUCACACAGUUGAGAAGCCAUUUACAUGCUCAGAGUGUGGACAUGUUUUACACAGAAAGCAGCUUACGUUACACAUGAGAGAAGUCGCUCAGGUAAUAAGCCAUUUCCAUGACCUGAGUGUGAGAAACAUUUUACAUACUGUAUAAAUCAGAUCUUAUUAGACAUCAGAGGCAUCACACAGGUGAGAAGUCAUUUCUAUUCUCUGAGUAGGUUUAGAUUUAGGAAGUCUGACAUCAAAUGGUCACAGAUGAUUAUACUGUAGUUGGUAGACUGAGGCUUAAGUAAUGAACAAGGUUUAGGCUGCUCCGAUUUGCUCUUCUCCAAAAAGCGCUCCCACCAAUGCAAAUCCAACUUAUUACAAAAAGAAAUCAAGUUGUCCAGGGUAGCAGGUAUAUCUAGGGUCACCAACUCAUCUUCAUUCCAGUUCAACUCAGGCACAAGUGUAUUGAACUGAGUAACAAACUGACUCACUGUCUUCCACUUUGAUGUAGCAGAAGAAUAUAUAAGCAGAGGUGGUUCUUCCUGGUUCAUCGAUACAAAUUCCUUAUAGUUCGAACGCAAGAAUCCAACUUUUCCCAUAAUGGGGACGCCCAUUCCAAGGCUCGACUGGAUAAAAGUGAUAUAAUGUAAGAGACUCUGGAUCUGGCAGUGAGAAAACUGGUCGGGUGAAGCUCAAAAUGAAUUUCGUUUUGGUUUAGGAAACCUCUGCAGUGUUUGGGAUUUCCAUUAAACUUGCUGGGGAAAGCCAAGUGAAUCUGAGGAGCAGAAGAUAUGGGAGCAAAGGCCUGCAUGGGCAGAGCGGGAGAAGCAGUGGUUACAACUGGAGCUCUGGAUAGAAGACUCUAGAUCUGAUCCAAAUGGGUCGACAAACCUUGGAUGAAUUGCACAAAUUGUUGUUGUGACCUCUUCUGCUGGUCAAGGCAGCUCAGCACAUCUUGUGGAAACCGGCACCCUGAUCAGUGGCCAAAUCCAUUGGGCCAGUGCCAACUGUCUGGAUUUGGUGUAAGGAUGUCUUCCGGAUCUGUGUCAGAGUUGCUGAUGGCUAGAGCAGUGUUGUGCUGAAAGCUUGGAGGGCUUAUGUCGUUUCUUCUCAUAGCAUUCGUAGAUCUUCCCUCAGGAGAAUCGGGAUGUAGUUAUGUGACCGCCCCCUUAGAAUCCCGACAGUCAGCAAGCCAACUAGCAGGGACUAUUCCCCCUCGUGGGUGUCCACCAUACCGAUAGAGUGGGAAUAGAACCUGUGGCAAGCACAGCACAGCUAGUUGUGCCCACCCCUCCCCCCCUUCGGCUGUCUCCUGACUGUCAGUCAUGCAAUACCCAACCCAGAGAAUCAGGCUGGUAGAUGACUAGACCCAGAACAGGGACAGAGUCUUACCCUGCCAGUGGUCUUCACCUGUCAACCCCACAAGGGGAUUUGGGUUUCAUGACUCCCUGUCUGGGUUACCAGAGCUAGUACUGUAGAUGUCAAGAUGGCGCCAUCCAUGCAUCUGAACCAGUGGGAACAGUGCCACGUGAGGUGCCGUCACAGCACCCCACUCCCAACCCACUGCAGUCAUGCACCUCAUGCCCCCCAGGCACAUCACCACCCGAAGGAGAAUCUGCAGCUGCGCAGACAGCAUGCUGCCAACCCAUGGGCUUGACAUGUGAUGGGGUGUGUGUAUAUGGGUGUGGCAUGCUAUGGGGUGUGUAUAUGGGUAUGGCAUGCUAUGGGGUGUGUGUAUAUGGGCCUGGCAUGCUAUGGGGUGUGCAUAUAUGGGCAUGGCAUGCUAUGGGGUGUGUGUAUAUGGGCGUGGCAUGCUAUGGUGUGUGCUAUAUGGGUGUGGCAUGCUAUGGAGUGUGUGUAUAUGGGCGUGGCAUGCUAUGGGGUGUGCUAUAUGGGCCUGGCAUGCUAUGGGGGUGUGUGUAUAUGGGCCUGGCAUGCUAUGGGGUGUGCGUAUAUGGGCGUUGCAUGCUAUGGGGUGUGCGUAUAUGGGCCUGGCAUGCUAUGGGGUGUGCUAUAUGGGCCUGGCAUGCUAUGGGGUGUGCGUAUAUAGGCGUGGCAUGCUAUAAGGUGUGCGUAUAUGGGCCUGGCAUGCUAUGGGGUGUGCUAUAUGGGCCUGGCAUGCUAUGGGGGUGUGUAUAUGGGCCUGGCAUGCUAUGGGGUGUGCGUAUAUGGGCCUGGCAUGCUAUGGGGUGUGCGUAUAUGGGCCUGGCAUGCUAUGGGGUGUGCGUAUAUGGGCCUGGCAUGCUAUGGGGGUGUGUAUAUGGGCCUGGCAUGCUAUGGGGUGUGCGUAUAUGGGCGUGGCAUGCUAUGGGGUGUGCAUAUAUGGGCCUGGCAUGCUAUGGGGUGUGCUAUAUGGGCCUGGCAUGCUAUGGGGGUGUGUAUAUGGGCCUGGCAUGCUAUGGGGUGUGCGUAUAUGGGCCUGGCAUGCUAUGGGGUGUGCGUAUAUGGGCCUGGCAUGCUAUGGGGUGUGCGUAUAUGGGCCUGGCAUGCUAUGGGGUGUGCGUAUAUGGGCCUGGCAUGCUAUGGGGUGUGCGUAUAUGGGCCUGGCAUGCUAUGCGGUGUGCAUAUAUGGGGUGUGGCAUCUACAGUCACAACCAGGAGGCUGAUUCAGAGUUGGGAGCAACAAAAAAAAUUUGCCCCAUGACCUGUUGACCUUAAGCAGUGUCGACCAUUCACCUUUUGACUUAAUACAUGUAGACCAUAUGAUGUUGUCCUGGCUAAUAUUGUUGAUGUAUCAUUCGGAUACCACACAAGGUGAUACCCAGGUAACCGGCUCAUCUGCAGGAGUCCAGCAAUAGAUCUGUAAGAGGAUCUAGUGACCCCCAUCCGUGGCUCUAACCACAGAAUGUGACACCUACCCCAGGAGUCACACAUAUGGUUACAGCUAAUACACUAACAUACAAACAGCAUACAGUAUAUACGUGAUCCUAGUGUCAGUCAGACGUAACAUCACCGCAAGAACUACAAGUACCAGCAGGCUGUGCUAACCUGGAGAAAGAAGCUGUGACAGAGAUACACGGGCACUUUUUUCAUGUCCGUUUCUGGUUUUUAUUAUUUUGUUUUCAUUUUAGGAUUUAUCAUGAAUAUUGUUAUUGCCUUUGUUAAUAUAUUUGUUGUGCUGUUUUAUAGUUAUAUAUUGAUAUUAUUGGUUCAGAAGCAUUUUAAAAGCAUCUGUUUUUUUCAUAGACUUGCUUUGUAUUCUGCAUUAUGUAUUCAUUGAUACACUGUGUGUGGGACUAGUAGCCAAAAUACAGUUUGCUAUAUACCAUUGUAUACUAUGACAGACCAGACACAUGUUCAAUAAACUUCAUUUCAUUAA